UGUUGUAGAGUGGCAGAGGAGGGGGGAGUCAGUAAUUACACAGGGGGGAGGAGAGGGAAGGUAAAAAAGAGAGAUGUUGGGGAGUUAGAAACAGCAAAAGACAGAGACGGACAGAGAAAGCGAGGACAUAACGAGAGAGAGAGAGAGAGAGAGAGAGGAGAGAGAGGAGAGGAAAAAAAGAAAUGUGAGGGAACACCAGAGAGGACAGUAAGAGGCUGAAAAGUCAUCCCUUGAUUAUUUUUUGUGACACUGGAUCUCCUAAAGUACUGAGUGUUACUUCUACACAUCUAUAGGAUUGUGCAUGUGCAAGUAGUGCUGCGUGCUACCUGUCUUGGCUACAUGCCUGUUGCACACGUGCAGUUCUCCGUGGCCACAGUUAACAGGAUUGUUAAGCGUGCAUCAGUGUGUGCUUGGACACAGCCGUGAGACACAGAUAGAGGAUGGGGGCCCUUCGCCUCUCUCUUGUUCUCCUCUUCCUCCUCUCCUGUCCUGUACAAGCCCAGUGGUGGAGUUUAUUCUGGGCAAACCCUAAGACCACAUCCGACUCUUCUUCUCCUUCUGUUCCUCCCUCCAUCAACUCUCCAUCCAUCACCUCCCCGGGCCCUUCUGACAUCCCAGUGACAACAGAGCUGGCGGGAGAGGAGAAUGGGGUGACGGAGGAAACUGUGGAGGGUAGCACUCAGAUAGAGGGGUCUGUUCUGGCCCCUACACCCACCCAUGGAGUGUUAAUCUCAGGCCAUAGCACUGCUGAACCCGGGACGUUACCUCCAGAGGACAAUCCAGGUGGAGGUGGCAAAACCAGGUCCCAAUACAAACCACUGAAACACUGGAAGACCGAUCGAGGCUCGGGAGGUCAUCUGGACCUGACCGAGUUAAUUGGCGUACCCCUCCCUCCCUCGGUCUCUUUCACUCCUGGCUACGAGGGUUUUCCAGCCUUCAACUUCGGGCCUGAAGCCAACAUCGGCCGGCUCACCAAGACCUUCGUGCCAGGGUCCUUCUACAAGGACUUUGCCAUCAUUGUCACGGUGCGUCCAGCCAGCCCAAGAGGAGGCAUACUCUUUGCCAUCACAGAUUCCCAACAGAAGGUGGUGGAGCUGGGUUUGGCCCUCACGCCAGUCCGCGGGGGCCUCCAGAGCAUCUUAUUGUACUACACUGACGGACAGCAGGCCUCCCACAGCCACAAAGCUGCAGCCUUCAGUGUCCCUGAUAUGACGGACCAGUGGACGCGGUUUACGGUGGUGGUGGAGCACGAUGAGGUGCGUCUCUACAUGGACUGUGGAGAGGCAGAGAGGGCUACUUUCCACCGGAGGCCUGAAAGACUCACUUUUUCUCACAACUCAGGCAUCUUUGUAGCUAAUGCAGGAAGCACAGGGCUCGACAAGUUUGUGGGCUCCAUUCAGCAGCUGGUGAUAAAAGAUGAUCCCAGGGCAGCUGAGGAGCAGUGUGAAGAUGAUGAUCCUUAUGCCUCGGGAUACGCCAGCGGGGACGACGCUCUGGAUGACAGAGAGACGGAGGAGGAAGUGAUGAAGAACACACAGGACAAGAAACACAGCAAAGUACAGGAGGAGGACAGUGUCCCGGUCAGAGCUCCGCCCACUGAGGCUCCGGAGGUGGAGUUUGUUGAGUAUUCUGGUCACAUGACACCAACAGAGGCCAAUGAAGAAAUGCUGAUCAGAGGGCCACACCGGACAGAGGAGGCAGGAGAGAGAUCAGGAGAUGGUCACGUCAGGCCGGGGUCCAAAGGAGAGCGCGGAGAUCCCGGACCACCCGGCCCGCCCGGUCCCCCGGGACCUACAACUCGACCUGGGCAAGCUCAGCCUGGAACGAGAGGGCCACAGGGGCCACCGGGGACCCCCGGCUUCCCUGGACUGCCGGGGAAAGAUGGAAAGCAGGGAAGCAAGGGUGACAAAGGAGAUGCAGGUCAGAGAGGAACUCAAGGAAUUCCAGGUUUGGCUGGAGAAGCUGGAACCAAAGGAGAGAAGGGAGACCCAGGAAUUGGUUCACCGGGCCCUCCCGGCCUCCCCGGGCCACCCGGACCGCCCAGAUCACGCAGCGUACCUUACGGAGCAGAUGCCCUGGGUUCUGGGUUUGAAGAUCUGGACAGUGACACCGAGCUCAUCAGAGGUCCUCCUGGUCCACCGGGGCCUCCGGGUCCUCCUGGGCCCCCUGGAGCCAACCUGUCACCUGACACAGGUGAAGGCCGCUCUCUUGGCGAUGCUGGACCACCCGGUGCCCCUGGAAGCAACGGGGUCCGAGGCAAACCUGGAAUCCAGGGUCCAGCAGGAAAAGACGGGGCUGCAGGUGUACCAGGAGCUGUGGGAGCGAAGGGUGACCAAGGGUUACCUGGCCCACCUGGACCAAAGGGUGAAUGUGGGUCUCUGGGCACAGCAGGGUCUCCAGGGCCCCAAGGGCCCAUUGGCCCACAGGGGAAGAGAGGCCAAGUGGGUCCCCAGGGCCCCCCCGGACCCCCCGGACCCCCAGGAACCAAAUUCUUUGUCGAGGAUAUGGAGGGAUCUGGGAAGAGUGACACACUCAUGGGAGCUGGAGUCAAAGGCCCACAGGGUCCUCCUGGCCUGCCUGGCCCACAAGGACCUAAGGGUGACGAUGGAGCCCCAGGAACUCCAGGACUCUCUGUCAAGGGUGAACCAGGAGACCCAGGACCUGAGGGUCUUCAGGGUCCUGCUGGACUACCGGGUGCUAGGGGGGCUAAAGGAGAAAAAGGCAGUUCAGGAGCCAAGGGUGAGCGAGGCGCUGAUGGACUCAGUAUCCCAGGACCACCUGGGCCGGCUGGACCUCCUGGGCCUACUGUUAAUCUGCAGGAUCUGCUCCUCAAUGUUACAGAGGGAAUCUUCAACUUCACGGAGAUCAGAGGACCACCGGGGCCCAUGGGCCCUGAAGGCUGGCCUGGCAGAGCUGGAUUUCCUGGUCCCCGAGGACCAAAGGGAGACGUAGGCCCUCCAGGUAACCGGGGGCCGGGAGGGAUCAAGGGAGAAAAAGGAGAGCCAGGGGUGACUAUUGCUGCUGACGGAUCUCUCUUAGCGGCACCACGAGGCCCCCAAGGACCAAAAGGCAUUAAGGGUGACCGUGGGUUCCCAGGAUCAGCUGGAGCUAUGGGCCCGGUAGGACCGCAUGGACAGAAAGGAGAGUACGGCUUCCCCGGUCGCCCGGGUCGACCUGGUAUGGCUGGAAAGAAAGGUGACAGAGGAGAUUCUGUUGGCCUGCCGGGGCCACCCGGUCCUCCAGGCCCUCCCGGACAUCCAGGAAGAAUUAUCGGUCUGAAUGGAACAGUGUUCCCGGUGCGCCCCAGACCGCACUGCAAAAAGGGACGAGAGUCGAGGGGAAAUUCGUUUGGAGCUAAAGGUGACAAAGGAGACGAGGGAGUACCUGGAGAACCGGGCACACCUGCACCUGGAUUUCCUGAUGGAAUUGUGGGUGCCAGAGGUGAUCAGGGAUACCAAGGUCAGAAGGGAGAAAAGGGUGACGGCGGUCCGCCUGGUCCUCCAGGUCUGCCUGGGAGGUCAGGACUUGUGGGUCCAAAAGGUGAGUCCAUCGUGGGUCCUCCAGGUCCGGUGGGUUCUCCUGGGCUGCCUGGAGCCCCUGGGUUCGGACGACCUGGAUCCCGAGGCCUGCCUGGUCCUGCUGGACCUCCAGGACCUGCAUUUGCACACGGAUCAGCUGUCCCCGGCCCUCCUGGUCCCCCCGGUCCACCGGGAUCUCCAGGAUACACCAACCCGGUGACCACCUAUAAAACAAUCCACGCUCUGAACAGAGAGAGUCAACGGGCCGCAGAGGGAACCCUGGUGUACGUGUCCGAGAGAGGAGGCGAGCUGUACGUCAGAGCACGCAAUGGCUGGCGCAAGAUCCAGCUCGGAGAGUUGAUCCAGCACGGGCCUUCAUCCUCAGCGGCGUCUCAGUCCCUCAGCAGACCUGGAGAAUGGAGCAGACCACACAGGAUCCACAGCCAGGAGCUGCAGGAGGGCAGCAGAGGAUACCAGCCCAGCUACAACGUGCUGCCCCAGACCUUCAACGCUGUUCCCGGGCUCCAUCUGGUCGCUCUGAACGCCCCUCUGAAAGGGGAUAUGCGCGGUAUCCGAGGGGCAGACUUCCAGUGCUACCAGCAGGCGCGCUCCAUGGGCCUUACAGCCACAUACAGGGCCUUCCUGUCCUCGCACCUCCAGGACCUGGCAACCAUUGUGAGGAAGGCGGACCGCACUGACAUGCCGGUGGUUAACAUCAGGGGUGAAGUGUUGUUCAGUAGUUGGAUGUCCAUCUUCUCUGGGAACGGAGGCACAUUUAACCCGUCCGUACCCAUCUACUCCUUUGAUGGACGCAACAUUAUGACUGACUCAGCAUGGCCAGAGAAGCUGGUGUGGCACGGCUCCAGUACCGUGGGCAUCCGCCUGACCACUAACUACUGCGAGGCGUGGAGGACGGGUGACAUGGCGGUGACGGGCCAGGCUGCGCUGCUGCAGACAGGACGCCUGCUAGGACAACACACCCGCUCCUGCUCCAACCACUACAUCGUGCUGUGUAUAGAGAACACAUAUGUGGGCAACACACAUGCAAGGAGGACCUGAAGAGACAGAGGAAACACACACACACACACACACACACACACACACACACACACACACAUUAACACUUUAAAGAAACACACAUGCAGGCAUGCUGAAAGUAGAAAAUGUGACACGGUGCAUAUGAAACACAUGCGGGCACAUACACACGUUAUGAUGACAUGUCACUGCGUAGAGAUGAUAUUCAAGUACAGACUGCGGGCACUUCUGUUCACACACACACACACACACACACACACACACACACACACGCAGAAGCAGGCUCCUACACUCGGCACAGCAACAUGAACACAACAUUAAAGUUCCUCUCACUUUGUUUCGUCUGUAGUUCCCACCUGAGCCCAGGUGUAAUCCCCCACGCAGCCGUCCAUGUCUAGAGUUCAAUUAUUUAUAUUCACCAUGAACAUGUAACAGCACAACGUGUCAUCGCGGAGAACUGCAGGAUUUCAUUUCAUCACAUAAUCUGAGUAGAUCUGAGUCACACCAGUGUGUUUGCACUGUGUACUUUAUAUUUUUGCUGAUGAUUGCAAAUGCCUGUAAUAGUUUGUUGUGGAUUUUUUUUUUUUUUUUUGCCAGUUCCAGGCAAAACAUAUUCAUUUGUUUCCCAACAGUAAAAAAAAGAAAUCAGUUAACAUCAGACCAUUAAUAAAUCCUGUUUGUACAAAAAUAAAUAAAUAAAUAAAUAAAUAAAGCAGACUUGAUGUACUGUAAUGGAUUAAACAAGCGACUGUUUGGAAACAAAUGAAAACCAAUGGAUGCCUGGAACUGAAGAAAAACAUGUUACAAUUUCUGUGACGCAGCAUCAUAGUCUGUGAAAAAAUCUACAGAAUACUUUGCAGGAACUGAUGUGGCCUUAUAAGUCAGUGUUUGUUUUUCUUCUUCCAUUUUUAUGGAGCAGAAAUUUGGGUAAACAAGACCCAUGCCUUAAUAUUGUCCUCACAUCUGAUAUCACGACAGUGUGUUAGUUCAGACUGAGUCUUGUGUAUGAAGGCUAGCUGUUUGUAGACACACGCUAUGUUUACUGUACAACAGUGACUUUCCAGGUUAUUCAAGAAAUCAAAUAAUCGGCUGUGACUCUUAUAGGACGGCGAUUUCUCUGUAAAGGAUAAAACUGGAGAGAUUUGAUAUUUUUGUUAUUGUCAACAAAUGUGUUAGUCCUUCUCUCAGUAUUUUCCAACAUUCCCAACCCUGCCUGUGGCCCUCAGGCCAAGCACUCCUGGAGACAUACAGCUUUAAAAACAGGUCAAGACAACAGAUCAUGAAUAUAUGCUUUUAUUUUUUAGAGAAAACCGGCUCGGUAAUUUCCUACAACAGCUGGGCACUGUGGCUUUUAGUAAGCGUUACUCAAACAGGAGGAAAUUGUGCUUUUGUUGGGGACUAUUUGCAGCAGCGGAUGAAUCGACAUUUAGUGCCGUUGUGGCUGUUUACAGCAGCAGGUCAGUGACUGUGGGACUGAGGCAAAAUAAACUACAGUGUGUGUGUGUGUGUGUGUGUGUGUGUGUGUGUGUGUUCACGGUGAUGAAGGAACAUGUUACUCAGUCACUACAGUGUGUCUCAGUGAUGUGUAUUUAACAGUUUUUAGAAAAACAGUGAAGCUCCACGGCUCAGCGGAGUAAGAUACAUACUUGUUAUUCGCUGACAAUAAAGAAAAAACAUAUAGAAUAUCACCAGACUUAUCUUUUACAUAUGAGCACAAUGUGAACUGUACACAUUCUUACUGUCAUAUUUUAGAUGUAAAUACACUGAAUGUAAACGACUUCCUACAAGCAAAUUCGUCCAAUCACAGUUUCCUCCAUCUUUCCUCUGAAAAAACUGUCUGGAUUUUCCCAAAAACAUUUUACCACUAAGUUCUUGGCUCUAAUUGUUGAAUCUACAGAUAUUAAAAUCCACAUUGAAGAGAUUAGUCAUGCAAGGUUAAUUAAAAUAAAUAAAUGAACCAAUGAACAUUUACCAAGAAGCUUAGCUUCAUAAUCACAGAAUGGCGCCCCCUGCUGAAAACCUGUUGACUCACCACCACCUCUGUUUACACUGGCUCAUUUAUCAAUGAUUGUUCUUACAAAUAAAUUCAAGUCUCAAGUUCAAGUUUCAGGAUUUAAAAGUAUUUUGUUCCUGUUUUUCUGCUGAACUAGUCUCAACAUUAACAUCUGUGCUCUAGCAUUAGUAUUAGAGUUGAAAUCAAUGUGUGAUUUUCAUUAAUUUAUACUGUAGCAGGACAUAGUGUGAAAAUCUAGCGAGUUCACUUUUAAGAUUUUGAUGAAGUUGGAACAUGUAUAUAUAUAUAUAUGUGUGUGUGUGUGUAUUGUUAUUGUCCAAAUGUUUUUGUUUUUUACUCUGUAGAGGUAGGUUUUGUAUGGCGCACACUAAAUGACUAAGAUUUUCUCUCACCAUGUGUUGAUUGAGAUGUAGUUCUGCCUGUAAAGAAGAUGUAGGCCUGACUGAAAGGCACAAAAUGUUUGAAAUGUUUUCCUCGUGUCCGAUUAUGAUGUUUCUGUUCAAACAAAACUUGAGCUUCUGAGAAAAGAAAACAUUUGUACUGACUGGUGCUCACGGAAUAAAUGUCGUAUUUGGUGUUUUUUAA